AUGUCGACGCGAAGCCAUUUUUUUUUGUGUGGACAUUUGUUAUUUUUUCAGGAGUUAAAUAGUCAACCUCUGAAACGACUAUUGGCCUAGUUUUCUCAGUCAACACUGAGAGAAAAUCGGUAGUGCCAAACGUAUAGUAGCUUUGUGUAAAAAUAAAGACUAUAGAAAUACUCAUCGGACAUAAUUUUGGGGUCUAAAGGUCCUUAGGCUACCCGACCUGUUAUCUGCUGUGUACUUCUAGGCAUAUAAUGUAUCACCGUUUUUAGUUGUUACUAUGUGACGCAGUAGUUCUUAUAAAUUAUAAUAAUUGUAAAUAUUAAGCAAUAUAAAAUAUGUAUUGGAAUAAGUGAAAUAAGUGAACAAUUCUACUUAAUUGUGACCAAUGUCUUAAUACUUUUCGGUAUUGGCAAUUGGUAUGGACCCUAUGUAAAAUGUAUAUUAAUUUGUAGAUUUAUGUAAAUUUAUAUAGGUCCUUGGUGAAAUUCAACAUUGAAAUUCAGAUUUGGCCCAUGGGAACCCGAAGGUGGCCGUAUUGCAGCGUCUGAUCAGUGUGAAUUAUUUUUCGUGUGUAUUCGCCACCCCGUUUUUUUUUUUUUGAAUCAUAACUAGGUAUUGGUAACGUAAUUUCUAACUAUAUAAGGCUGCUAAUUCGCUACAACGUUCUGUUAACGUCAUUUUCUGACAUGUUCUGACCACAACGCUCAUGAAUGUUUAACAGUUUUUUUGUGUUUGAUGGGUAAACAAAUAUCAAUUCUGCUUUCGCAGAUUUAAAGACUUCGACUACGAAAAUCACCAGCUAAUCUAAGGAUCAAUGCAGUAUUAUUUGUUCAUUCUCUCGUACGAAUAUCCAAUUGAAAGCUAUUAACUUUCAAUUAAUACAAAAUCCAUCUAAAUAGUACUCGUAGACAUGGUAUCACAUUGUAGACCUAUGAUAUUUAGAAAGAUUAAACAAGUAUUUGAUAUAUUGAUUGUCAGUCUAAUCCUUGAAGUCCAUAGUCCAUUAUUGUUUAUUUUUGGAAAUGAAUACGGCAUGCAACGGUUCUAAUUGCCGGCUAUAGGGUCUAUUACAUGACGCUCCACUGUUUUAUAUAGGCCUAAAUAGCGACAUUUUCUGCUAAAUAUUGAGAAUAUAUGAUAUCAUUUAUGCUGUAUCCAUCCAUUCUGGACUGGUUAGAAUUUUGUUAUCACAAGGAGAUACUGACGUGUUCCGGAAGGCCGUAAGCAUGGCGUCAAUGGAAUUACACACUUCGCAGCCACCAGGGAAACUGGAGUACCCCAGUGUGAAUAGAUGCAAUGCCUGCCGUAUACGACGCGCCAUUGCUUGGUGUGAUACUUGUCUUAAAAAACUGUGCUUAUCGUGUAAAACAACUCAUCUAGAAGGUUUUCAUAGACAUAACAUCACUUUGUAUGAUUUUGAGAAAGACGAGUACGACAAACAGUUAAAUGAAACCAACACUAACAUGACAGGCAGUAUGAGUGUUGUACAAACUACUACCAGCAUCACGACGACGGAUACCCAGACCGAAAUGGACACAUCAGUAAUGGUAGACCAACUAGAUAGAGAAAUAAAACGAAAGAAAGACAAUCUUAACUAUCAAUGCGAGGAAACUAAACGCGAAAUUAAUUGUUGCUUUGAUAAUUACAUAAAAGUUCUCAACAGACGGAAGCAAACAUUGUGUGAACAUGUAAAUAAAACGCAUUUAACGAUAAGCACUGAUAUCAACGAUGAGUAUGAAAGUAUUAGGAAACAAUUAUCAAGUGAUGGUAAACAAUGCGCCUCGUCUGCUCUCAAAUCACGUGAUAUGAACUUUGAGACACGCCUAAGAAACAAUUCGACGCACAUGACGGCGAAUUAUAAAAUACAUUGGAACUCAAACGAAUUUCCAGAAUUAUGUAGUAAAGUUGAUAAAUUAGGCAACGUUGAAUUCUAUUCAAUUGUCCCAUCACUCACCAAACUGACGAACACCAUCGGAAUUGUUGGUAAAGUUUGUAAAGUUCAGGUUAACACAUUUGAUCGCGAUGGAAAUCCUUGUAAAUUCAGUGGGUUAGACUUAACCGCCGAAGUAAGUACACCAAAGCUUGUGUACCGCAAGUGUGAUGUCAUUGGUAACCACGAUGGAACAUACGACAUUUGUCUCCUGCCUGAAGAAGUUGGUGCUCAUACUGUAAUUGUAAAAAUAUUAGACAACUGGACAGAUUCAGUACAGUGUACUGUUGAUUGUUACGACAUGAUCGUAAAUCCGUUCCGAGCAUAUAUUGGUAAAGAAUCCCAAGUAGAGUUAAAAGUGGUUGGAACUGACCUGAUCAAAUUAGAAAAAUUCAUUUUCCGGGUUCAAUCGGACGACACGACUGUAAUAAGAAGUACGUGUAUAAUAGACAAUCAAUUUGCCAAAAUAGUAUUCAUUCCCAGUAGUUUGAAUCCGUAUAAUCUUCUCGUAUUGAAUCAAGAGGGAGUAACCAUUAAAACAUUCAAAAUCCCAAUCAACAAUUGUUUUCUGCGGUCUGCAUUUGCUUAUGUCGAGAGUGUUGUAGAGAUUGAAACAACUACUGGUGUUAACACCUCCAUAAGAGUGGCAUCUCCUGAUGGGCAAAAUGUUCCAAUUCAAGUGGUCCCUGAAAAAGAAAGUGCUUUAACUGCAAUUUUCUAUCCAGAGUCCAAUGGUAUUUUCCACAUAUACAUAACUCAGGAAAAUCUGCCAACAUUUUGUAUGAAAUAUCCUGUAGGAAAUUUGAUGAUCGACGUGAAAGGAGCUCUAGUGGGCGGGUCGUGUAGUCUGACGAUGUACGCAUGUGACUGCUGUGGGUUCAUCCACCAGAAACUAAAUUAUAUUCCGACAAUUUCUGCUCAUAUCCAAAGUCCUGAAGGCUUGUCUGAAAAAUGUUAUGUUGCAUUUGAAGGUAAUUUAUGGACGAUCUCAUUCAUACCUACAACUAUCGGGAUUCAUGAGCUGAAUAUGCAGAUCAAUAGAACACCGUAUAGGUAUUCACCAAUAUCAAUUUAUGUAACCGAUCAUCUGGAGUUUUCAGGCGGGCCAUCAUCUGAGUAUUUUGGUAACGCCUCUGACAUAUGCACUUCAAUUAACGGGCACAUUUUCGUUGCAGACACAGCUCAGAGUAACCGCGUAGUAAUCCUAGACUCGGAUGGCAGAUUCUAUUCAUCAAUUCCAGUUCAAACAAAAGACGUCUCAUUGAUUACAAUCUCCGGUUUUAAGAUAUAUGUUUUAUUUGUUGUUAAAAAAAUUCUCAAAGUUUAUGACAUAAAAACACAUAAGUUGUUGUUAUCCUUUAGCGUGCGAUUUAUUGCGUCGCCAAGUGCAAUAUGCGUCAACAAACUCGCCAACACAUUGUUAAUAAGCGACACCGAACGAAAAUGCGUCAUCGUUGUUGAUCCAAAUUCAGGAGACGAAAUAAAAAGCUUAUCACCGACAGGAAAGAAUUUACAAUGGCCGUCAGAUAUAUGUGUGUCCAACACAGGUUCAUUAUAUAUUUGCGAUGAAGACGCGAAAAGUGUGAUUGAAAUGGACGCGGAAGGUAAUUGUGUGGAUACAAAAACCUUUGUCAAGUUUGACAAUCAGCAUCCGAUUGCAGUUGCUGUUGAUGACAAAAAUCAUGUCUUGGUAUUGCUGCGAACACAACAACUGCAUGUGUACCACAACGAACAGACGUUAAUGGAAGUUAUAAACGUAGAUGGUGGUGUGUCUCGACGAAACAAACUUCAAAUUGUUGGUUCAGACGGUUGUUUUAUAAAAACGAAUGAAAUGGAAAAUUGUUUACGAAAGUAUCGUUAUACGUCCGUAAAGAAGCGUGUGUCCUCACAGCGGCAGAAUCGUGCUGUUAAACUGGAGAGACGAAAUGCAUUUGUCUCUAGUAAAACUCAAACAUUAAGGUCUAACAAUCUCAGCGACAAAUAAGGAACAAAACAGCACUUAUGCCUGUUACCAAAUGCAAGCUGUUGGCCAAAGUUAUCAAAGUAACAUUAUUGUACAAAAUAAUAAAUCAAAUGGGUGAAUUGAUUGGUUCUUUGAUGUAUGUUUUAAAACAUUGCCACAGGAAGAGUGGUUCUUAUUAUUUUUAUAAAGACAAUAAUACAAAAAUAAUAAUAAUAUUAAUAAAAUUCCUAUUAGAAAUUUUAAUAAUAAUAUAUUAGAAAUAACAAACAGUACAAACAAUCAAAUAAACUGCUCAAAAAAGGAAAACAAAUUCUUCUGUUCGCCAUACUAAGCAAUCGUUUUGGUUUCUUCCGUCCGAAAAAUGUACCAACACUACAGAAAUACAACUUGCUACGUUUCAUCAAGACAAUGACCUUAGUAAAGGUACAAUACUUUUUUUUAUCCGGCUAAAAACUGAAUCGACAAAAUAUCAU